AUGAAUAUGAAUUAUAGAACAUCAAUUAUAUAUGAUACAAAAGAUGUGAUUUGUCCACUUGUUUUGGGAAAAGUUCAUUGUGGCCGUUCUGCUUUAGUGUAUCAAUUUUGUUUAAACAAAUAUUAUGCGAACAUAGACUUGUUAGACAACAAAAUGUUCUUCAAGAAAGUGUUACUUGACAGAAAUGUUAUUCCAGUUCAAAUUUACGAUAUCAGAACCGAACAAGAUUACGAUAGUUUUGAUUAUACCACUAUUCUGAAAUCAGACGGGUUUAUUAUCGUUUAUUCAAUAACAUCGAUUUCUUCUUUUAAAUACACCGAAUCGGUUUAUAGUGCUGUUCAACGUAAAUUAUAUUUAACAGAAGAACCAUUUCCAAUCAUUUUGUGUGUAACUAAAAGUGAUUUGGAAAAUGAAAGAGUCGUUUCUCAAGAAGAAGGAGAAAAAUUGGCAAGUAAAUGGGGCGUUCCAUUUUUUGAAGUUUCAGCAAAAAACAAUGUAAAUGUCACUGAAUGUUUUUUAACAUUAAUAAAUGGUGUUGUGGAAUGUAAAAAAACAGGAGAAAAACACCCCCAAAAAAUUGACAAAGAAAAAAAGAAAAAAACAUGUGAAAUUGUCUAA